AAAGCCAUACUAUAGUUCUUCCAUCCGUAGCUUCGAAAACGAUCGAACCACGUGACAGUAACACCGGAAAAUUCAAGGAAGGUCAUCUAGAAGCGCGACGACAAAUGGUGAUGCAGCUCCACCUCUCCAGUCCCCGCUAUAUAAGCCUGGGCCGUGGCCAGCCUCCUUCCGAACCAAAAUUUUCCAAAUCAAGUGCUGAAAUUCCCUCCGAACCACGACACCACGUGAGGGGCACCGGAGACCAACAAAGAUGCUGCUUAACCCGGCGUGCGAGGCGGCAGCGCCGAUGGACAGCAUCCGGCAUCACCUCCUGGACGAGCCGGCGGCGGCGGCGACCGCGAGCGCGGCUCCGCGGCCGGUGUACUGCCGCAGCACGAGCUUCGGCAGCCUAGUGGCGGACCAAUGGAGCGAGUCGCUCCCGUUCCGCCCCGACGACGCCGACGACAUGGUCGUCUUCGGCGCGCUCCGCGACGCCUUUUCCCAGGGCUGGCUCCCCGACGGCUCCUUCGCCGCCGUGAAGCCCGAGCCCCUGGCGUUCCCGGACUCCCCCUACGAGCGCGGAUCCUAUCCCUGCCUUGGUGGCUUCCUUCUCGCGGAGGGGCCUGAGACGCCGACCGAGGCGGCGACGACGCCCGGGAGCGAGGAGGAGGCCGCGGCGGCGGUGUCCAGGGGGAAGCACUACCGCGGGGUGAGGCAGCGGCCGUGGGGCAAGUUCGCGGCGGAGAUCCGGGACCCGGCCAAGAACGGCGCGCGCGUGUGGCUGGGCACGUACGACAGCGCCGAGGACGCCGCCGUGGCCUACGACCGCGCCGCGUACCGCAUGCGCGGCUCCCGCGCGCUCCUCAACUUCCCGCUCCGCAUCGGCUCCGAGAUCGCCGCGGCGGCCGCCGCCGUCGCGGCCACUGCCCCUGCCGCGGGAGACAAGCGGGCGUCCCCAGAGCCGACCGCGAGCUCCGACUCCUCCCCUUCGGCCUCCUCUGCGACACCGAAGCGGAGGAAGAGAGGCGAGGCCGCUGCCGCGACCAUGGCCAUGGCCCUUGUGCCGCCCCCGCCGGCGGCGCAGGCGCCCGUCCAGCUGACCCUCCCGGCCCGUCCGUGGUUCGCCGCCGGCCCCGUCCAGCAGCUAGUGAGCUAACUGAUGGUGUACCAGUGGUUCGUGGUUCAUGGAUUCAUCUCAGUGCAAGAACAGAGCAACAAGAUGCGCAUCAAUUCAAACACAGGCACACGCGCGCGCGCGCGUGCGCUGGUCCAAGAAAUGCGUGUGACGAGCUCGAGGGCAUCGUCAUCUGGAUGUUCUCUGGUUCGCAUGGAAACUGUUCCUCCAUGGUCGCUAGUGUGGUGGCUUGUGAAUUGUGAUGUGUAGAACCAGAAUGAAUCGUGUUUGUGGCGUCAUUGCAUUGGAUUCGGACGAGUUGAAAUCGGAAGCUUCUCUGUCUGUGAGAGAGGCUGGUGCAAGUUUGCAUCACCAUGUCUCGAAUGGAUAUUAUUCUUUGUUCUUUGGUAUUCAAAGUGGUUCCUUUGAAAUCAACAGAUUUUGUCUAA